AUGGCUGGUUAUUCAUUUCAAUCGUCUUCUUCAUCUGGAGGCGGUGCUGAUAGCGCAUUCCAACAAGCUGAUGCAAACGGUGAUGGACGCGUCGAUAUCAAUGAAUUCCGUAACUUUAUCAGUCAAAGUCUCGGUGGUGGCGGCGGUGCAAGUGGAGGUGCUGGUUCGUCAUACGAAUCAUCAGCCUCAUUUGGUGCUGGUGGUGGUGGUGGUUUCGGUGCAGGUGGUAGUUCAUCAUACGAAUCAUCAGGCUCAUUUGGUGCUAGUGGUGGUGAUAGUUUCGGUGCUGGUGCAGGUGCAGGUGCAGGUUUUGGUGCUGGAGGUUCAAGCUUCGAAUCAUCAUCAUUUGAAUCAUCAUCAUCUGGUGGUGGUGGUUAUGGUGCCGCUGGUGGUGCAAGUAGCUACGAAUCAUCUUCAAGCAGUGCUGGAUUCUCUGGUGAAGCUGGAGCCGCUUACGGAUCAUCAGGAUCAUCAGGAUCAUCAGGCGUUGCUGUAACCCAAUAUGCUACUGAUGCUCAAGGACUCUUCAAAGAUCCUAACCCACAAAUCAUCCGUCGUCCAGCUGCUGGUGGUGUACAAACAUACACACAAAACAUCAAAGUUCGAUUCCUUCAACCACCCCCAAUACCACCACCAGGCCCACUCAUCAUCAAAGAAGUACGACCACCUCAACCACCUCCACCACCACCGCUUCGUAUUCGUCAACAAGCUCCAUCUCUUCCAACACCACCACCUCUUAUUCUUCGUGAAAGACCACCCCAGCCACCAGCAUCAACUGGUUCUCAAACAGUCAUCCGUCGUUUAGGUGCCUUACCAGUUCCACCACGAUCGGUCAUCAUCGAACGUCUUGCACCUCUCCCACCCAAACCACGUGACAUCAUCAUCGAACGUUGGGUUCCAUAUGGCGCUCAAGGUAAACGACGUACCAUUGUUCAACGUGCUACAGGCGGUGCUAAAUACCCAGCACCACGCAACGUUAUCAUUCAAUACGAAGCAGCUCAAGUUCGUGUUGUUCGUCAAUUCCAACGUCUUGGUGUUACACAAGCUAAUCCACAAUCUUAUCUUCAACAAUAUGGUGCUCAACUUCUUGAUGCAAGCACACUUGUUCAACGAGCUCGUUCAGCCGGUGUUGUCGAAGAUAUCUCUGCCCCAGCUGGUGCUGGCGCUGGUGCUGGUGCUGGUGCUGGUGCUGGUUUCAGUGCUGGUGCUGGUUUCAGUGCUGGUGGCGCUGAAUUCUCAUCUGGAAGUGCCGGAGGUUCGGAAGCCAGCUUCGGUGGAUCAUCAUUUGAAUCAUCAAGCUUUUCAUCAGGCGGCGGUGCUGGAUUCGAAGGCGGUUUUGCUGCUGGUGGUGGUGGUGGAUCAUCAUUCGAAUCAUCAAGCAGUGGUGGUGGAUUCGGUGGAUCAUCAUUUGAAUCAUCAAGCGGUAGUGCUGGAUUCGAAGGCGGUUUCGCUGCUGGUGGCGGUGGUGCUAGUGGAUCAUCAUUUGAAUCAUCAAGCUUCUCAUCAGGUGGAGCUGGUGGUGCUGGUGGUGCCUUCCAACAAGCUGAUGCAAACGGUGAUGGACGUGUCGAUAUCAAUGAAUUCCGUAACUUUCUUAGUCAAAAUCUUGGUGGUGCAUCAAACUAA